CAUGCACUCAGUCAGUCAUUAAUGAAUGAGACACAGCCAGCCAGCCAGCCAGCCAGACACGUAUGUAUCACUACUAGUCCAAGUGGGACUUCCAGUCGCAGCUUCUUGUCGACGUAACUGUCAACUCAUCGGUAUUGUCGUAGAAGAAGAGCUUGCAUGCCAGCCCCUUUCCGCACCAUUUCGUGAAGCCACAGUGAUCCCCAAAAUCGCCGCGUUCCUGCGCUCAUACACACACGCAUACAGAGUCACAGUCCGUGCAGGCACCACGUAUUCGGCCUGGUUGGAUCGGCACUUGGAUCGUCACUGGCUGUUGUCCUUUUCUCUUUUCGCACCUUGCAGAGACCCUCCUGGUCAAUCUUGCCGGUCUCGUCGUCAACCUGCUUGUAGCAUUUCAGGCCUUUGGGGCAGUCCUUGCUCUUCGUGCAGGGCUCGGGCAGGCUGUCCUCAAUGCGAAUGUGUUCGGCGGAGAAGAGGAUGGAGAGCCCCAUUGCAGUGAAAAACACCGCGGCAAGGGCGACGAAGAGCGCGAGCUUCAGGCCGGCCACCAUAACGGAGAGGACGUCGGUUCAGGCGUGCGUGCCAAACGAAAAGAAAAGAAAGAAACUUGAACUUCAAGGUGCGCCUGAGG